AUGCGAGCCUCCAUUACUCUGCUUACCGCAUUCCUCGCCGCAGCCGUGGCCCAGGACUACCCCUUCACCGAAUACGUCUGCGAGACCAGCGACGGCAGCCCCUACCUGCACCAUGUGAACCAGCUCAUCGACGGGCUCGGCAGCGCCGACGUAGGAAAGCGAAUCUGCAACCCUGGCAGCGGCUGCGGCAAAACAAUCACCGAGUAUUCCGGCGGCGGUGGUGCUGGGUUUAUGAUUUGUGGUGAUUCUUACCGAUGCGGCCUCAGCGAUAACCUCCCCUGUGCGGGACCGACCUGUGGUGGUAUUCUGGCCCGAGUUGCUGGUGAGGCUAUUGGAGGCAUCCGGGAUAAUUGUCAAGGACCUGACUCGAAGGGGGACACUCGCGUUGGUGGUACUCAGAAGGUGCACUAUAGUGCGGAUUAUGUCUCUGAGAUCAGGCUUUUUACCCGCCCUGGCUAG